AUGACUGCGGAGAACGCCUUGCAUGCCUGCCAGUUCUCGCAGUGGUACCCGAUAUUCGUCAAACACGCCCUCAGGGGCGAAGUCAUCACGCUGCCUGCAACAUUCGUCAAAUUCCUCCUUGCGGACGGCGUCGUCGUUGGCGAUUCCAGCCGGGCGAUGCCGGCGCUGGGCCAGGACGAUCCGCACGCAUUGGAAGACGAGUACAGGAGGGAUUCGUGGGGCGACCGGGCGACGGGGAGUGCGCGGGGGGGCAGCGACCACAGCAACCGGGUGAGUGGGGAUGCCUCCGACCGGAGCUCCGACGGCGCAGAGGCGGCGGGAUUCUUCGACGCGCACCCGCAGAUCGAGCGCGCGAUCAACGACGCAGUGAGCUCGCUCGGCGGCAGCGUAUUCCCGAAGGCCGGAUGGUCCGCCCCGACGGACGCCACGUGGCUCAUGAUGUCGGGCCAGGCCAAAUGCGCCCACGCGGAUGAGAUCGCCCUGCUGCUGAAGAGCUCGGACAGGGUGGCGCACGACCUGUCCCUGUGCCAGCAGGGCGAGGGGCAGGCUGCACUGGUGCUGAAGGAGUGGUACGACCUGCGCCCCGAGCGGGAGUUCCGGUGUUUCGUGCGCGGAGGGCAGCUGGUCGCAGCAUCGCAGCGCCACAUGACACAACACUACCCGCAGCUCGAGGGUCAGGAGCGAGAGAUCUCCAGGCAGCUGUCUGCCUUCCACGACGAUGUGGUGCGGCCGUCCCCGUUCCCCCUGGAACACUACUGCUACGACGUGUACCUCCUGCCCUCAGGGCGCGUUCGCAUCCUGGACUUCAAUCCGUGGCGCGGCACGUCCGCCGCCCUGCUCUUUGCGUGGGAGGAGCUUGAGGGCCUGCGCGCCGACAGCGGCGCGGGCUGCUUGGUCCGCGUGUCGGACGGAGAGGGGAUCAUCCAGCCUGGGCCGCAGUCGCUGCUUGCCGUUCCGUACGAGUUCGCGUCGGCGACGAGCGUGCAAGACAUCCUGGCGCAGAUGGAGUCCGCAGCACUCACUGAUCAGCAGCAGGGCUGA